UCCUCGUUGACUUGGGCGCUUAACGCAUCCAAGGAAUGGGAUAAGUCGUCCCUAGGCUGCGACAUGUCGUAUGCGUAGCUUGUGAAACUGGUGCAUGCAGAUUCGAGUACUAGUAGUACGAACUGAAGGUAAGGUAGGUAUGCUGCUCAAAUAUAAGUUUCACGAGCAGUAGCCAUACUAGAGCCUCUUUCCGAGCAUUACAUGGGGUGAAAUGCUAACUCUUAUCAUGUUUACAGCUGCCGAGUCGCAUGUUGAGCCUCUUCCCAAAGCUCUCCAGCCUUCCCGCGCACCACUUCUCGGUGUGGGCUCCCAAACUUGCAUGUUGGGGUUGCACAGGAAUUUCCUACCUACACCUACCUACCUACCUAGAGUACCUACCUACCUACCUACUUAUCGAUGAAUGUGCUGAAAUUUGAGGUA